CACAAACACAAAACCUCGGUUGCAAAGACACUAGCCACUAAAGGGAGAGCACAGAAAAUAUGACAAUGCGCAACACUGAGACUUUGAUGGUCCUAUGCAUGCUGGGAGCCGUGGUCCUGCUGAUGGGUGCUGAGGGGACGUCAGUGAACCGAGGAAGAAAGAUCCAGAGGCGAUCUAACGGUCAGUCCCGAGUGAAAGAAGCCAAGACGAACACGGUGGACCUGAUCUUGGAUCCCAACUCCAUGGCCAGCUCUGUCCCUCUGCAUCAGGUCGGGAAUAACUCCCUGUCUCCCUGGACGGUCAGCUACACCCAUGACAGAAACCGCGUCCCUCCUUACAUUGCCAAGGUGACGUGCCUGUUGAAAGGGUGCCUCAACGCUGGCGGCCGAGAGGUCAUGGAUUUUGAGUCCAAGCCCAUCUUCCAUCAGAUCCUGGUGCUGAGGAGGGUAGAAGUAGACCGGAGGAGCUACGCCUAUAAACUGGAGACGGAGACCAUCUCAGUGGGCUGCACUUGCGUCCGCCCAAAUGUAAUGCAGCAGAAGUAGACGGACGUGGAGCGUUGCCUGCAUUUCAGUCUGUUGUGCGGUUGUAUAAUCUUUUGGGUUGAUUUUUUGAUGAUAUUUUAAAUUCAAUUAUUUGUUUGUUCAUUCUAGAAUUUUGUACUAAUUUAUUAACCUAUUUAUUGCACUAUUUAUUAAAAAAAUUAUUUAAAAA